CAACCAUCGGGACCACAUCAUCUCACCCAUCAAGACCACGUGAACAACUUCCAAAUGGCAUCCAACUCCACCACAAUUCCAAUACUGGACUCCAAAACUGCCUAUCUCAAAGCCGUAAUGUACGAAGGUGUCACUGUCCUCGAAGGGACUGCCGCGUGGUGUUCGCAAUGCAAGGCCAUCGCCCCUGAAGUUCAAAAGAUGGUUUCCGAAUUCCCGGAUGUGCAUUUCUACACGUAUGAUGUGGAGGAGACGCCGGACAUCGCACAGGAGCUAGGUGUCAGUCAGAUGCCGACAUUCAGUGUUUUCAAGGACGGCGAUAUUAUGGAAGGAGUCACGGGAGCGAAGGCGAAAGAGCUAAGGAAGGCUAUUGAGGAGAAUUCGAAAUAAUGGUGCUGAAUAGGCUGAUAUAAUAUGUGAGAGCCACAGUCAACCUCGCGCGGAAAGUGACAACCUGGACACUUUGUACAUACCCACAAAACUUUGAAGGUGUGCUGGAUGUGGAUAUCAUACCGUACAAAAUUCAAAUAAUCGUUACAGAAU